GUUUUUUUAAAAAAAAAAAAAAAAAAUCAAUUGUAAAUGUCUGGUUUUCACAUAAUGUUUAAAAAACAUUGAGAAAGAGGAUGGUGCUUGUUCCAUAUCAUUCUUGAUUGUAUAUUGCUUCUGUUAUGUUUAUAAGUAAACUGUGCAUGACUUGUGUUUAGCGGUCAUUAUGGUGUCUGUUUGUGAGAUUUUUAUUAAAAAGAAACAAAUCCCGUAGAUGCACUUAUUGUAAAUGUGAUUAGAUGGUUGGUCUGAGGCUAGAAGCCUCCAACUGCCCAGGAAGAAGGAAAAAAAAAAAAAAAAAGAAAGAAAAAAAGAAAAAAAAAAAAGAAGUGUUGGCAGUUAUUAAUUAAUAUGAAAUCGCUUUGUUGGGAGCAUAAUGAAAUGAGAGAUGAAGUGUAGAAAAUAAUUUGAAGAAGCGAUUUUUUGCAAAUUUCCUUUUGAUGCUUGUGAUAAAAGACAAAUGUACUUGUGUAGAGAAAUUCCUUUAAAACAAUGACUAGGAAAAGCUGAUUUUGAGGUUAAUGCUGUAGAAUAGGAAUGUAUACCAAAUGUAAUCUUUCCAAUGCUACGAUGAAUUUAUACAUGAGAUUGAUAUGCAAUAAACCUGUGUGCUUUUAUAAGCCGUGGUCCCGUGAGCUUUGUUGCAUCGGCGUGGGGUUGGUGGAUGCUUUGCUGCAAGGUAAGGAAGGAUGGGGCCGGAGGGGUUUGGGGGUCAACGGUGUGUGCUGCAAUGCUGAUUAAUGCUCUCUGCUUCAGGAAGUCGGCGUGCUGGAGGAUGGAUCCUGUGUUCUGUGCAUCAGUGGGAUGGUUUGGGGCUCGGCUGAGCUCUGUGCAGUGCAGCAGCCUCGUGGCUCCUGGAAGCAGCAGGGAAGGAGAGCAUCUGUCGGGUAAGGGAGUGCUGAUAAUGGGGUGAUUGUCGGGCAGGGUUUGGGGAGGGGAGCGGAACUGUUAGAAGGGCGCUGCUGACAAGUGGGACUUUGUCAUCCAUCGAGCACUUGAGAUUCACCACAAGGCAGGGAGAAAAAGGCUCCCUUUUUAUGGGGAACAAAAUCAGAGCGGGGGCAAAAGGGGGAGGUGAGGGGAAAGGUGGUUCCCAGGACAUGUGAUAGCACAAAGGGGACACCAGGGGACACCCCCAGCCCAGGGGGGCACCGGGCUGCUGCCAUCCCCACAGCCUCCCUGAGGCUGGUCAGCUGCCUUUAAAAGCAAUGGGGGAAUAGCUGACCCUGAUGCUGCCUGUUGGUGAAGUGCUUCUGGGAGUGUGGUACCCACAGCACCUGUUUGGGGCUGGGAGAGAUGGGCCUGGGGGAUGGGAUUCUUGUUGAAACGUCGCAAAGCAUCUCUCCUUUUUUUUUUUCUUUUUUCCUUUUUAAAUCGAAUUUGCAUCUCAUUUUGGCUCGUCCAUCAUCACCCCCCGCCGACAGAGGCAGACCUGGGGAUGUCAGCAGCAGCAGCAGCAGCAGCAGCUCUCCACUCCCUGUGCCGUUGCCAUGUCCCGCAGCCCACCAGCAGCCGAGGACCAGACCUUCCUCCUGGAGUACCGCUGCCACCCGCUGCGAUCCGGACCCCCUGCACCAACCUCCCCUCCAGGCAAGCGCAAUCCUGACUGUGCCAUGAGCUGCUUCCCCAUGGCUGAGCCGCGCCGCAUCGUGCUGAGCACCGACAGCCCGGCUGCGCUGAAGGUGGGCACGCAGCAGCUGAUCCCCCGGAGCCUGGCGGUCUCCACCAAGACCAAGAACCCCACGCGGAACCCCGGCGCUGGAUCCAUCCCUGAUGCUGCCUGCUCGGGGCAGAAGCGAGCGUCCGUCCCCAACGUCACGCUGCAGGAGGACACGGAGGAGGAUGGAGGAGGGAUGCUCAAACGCAACCUGAGGAACAUGUCGUACCGUGCAGCCAUGAAGGGCGCGGGCACGGAGACGGAGCCUGUGAGCACCGUGCCUACACUGAAACCACUGCAGGAGGAGGGGAGCGCUCUGCCUGCCCGCAGCCCUGGCAGAAGCAAGAGAACCCUGGGGCGGAAGCGGGUGCAGAAGCACGGCGGCUCAUUCAAGGACCAGCCACGGCUGUACCAGGAAAUCCGUGAGAGAGGGCUGAACUCAGUCAGCCAUGAGUCGGACGAGGAUUUGCUGGAGGAGCCCAACCCUGAGGAGCCGUCCCUGCCUGGUGCUGCCAUCGUGGUGCGGAGCUAUCGGCCCGCACAGGUCACCUGGAGCCAGCUCCCAGAGGUGCUGGAGGCGGGCUUGCUGGAGGCCAUAAAGCCUGAGGAGCGCAAGAGGCAGGAGGCGAUGUUUGAGAUCAUCACAUCAGAGUACUCCUACAUGCACAGCCUGAGUGUGCUGGUGGGCUGCUUCAAGAAGUCGGAGGAGCUGAAGGAGACCAUGACCCAGACGGAGCACCACCACCUCUUCUCCAACAUCAGCGACAUCCUGGCUGUCAGCACCAACUUCUUCCAAGCCCUGGAGAAACGACACCAGGAGAACGUCCUCAUCCCCGACAUCAGUGACAUUGUGGAGGAGCACGCCUCGAAGCACUUCAACCCCUACAUCAGUUACUGCUCCAACGAAGUCUACCAGCAGAGGACACUGCAGAGGCUGCUAAACACAAACCCCUUAUUUAAAGAAGCCUUGAAACAAAUUGAAAGGAAACCAGAAUGUGGAGGGCUGCCACUGAUAUCAUUUCUCAUUCUCCCCAUGCAGAGAGUAACGCGGCUUCCUCUGCUGUUAGAUACAGUGUGUCAAAAAACACAAGCAUGCACUGCAGCAUAUGGAGCUGCCACCAGAGCUCUGAAAGCCAUCAGCAAGCUGGUUAAGAACUGCAACGAAGGAGCUCGUGCAAUGGAGAGGACAGAGCAGCUGUACACCCUGCAGAAGCAGCUGGAGUUUGGGAAGAAGAAGCCUUUUCCCCUGAUCUCUGCCUCUCGCUGGCUGCUGAAGCGGGGUGAGCUCUACCUGCUCUCCUCGGAGGAAGGAGGAAUCUUCCGUAAGGGCUCAGGCAGGGUCUGCCACCUCUUCCUCUUCAAUGACGUCCUGAUCAUCACCAAGAAGAAAAGUGAGGAGAGCUACACCGUCAUGAACUACGCCAUGCUGGACCAAGUCUCCGUGGAGAAGAUGGAGACCACAGAGCCACCAUCUCCUCCUCCCGGCCGCCCAGGUGGGCACCUGCUGCGUGUGGCCAUGGAGAGGGACAGCGAGGGCCGGCGGGAGGAGGUGCUGCUGUCAGCAGAGACACUGAGUGACCGGGCACGCUGGGUCACCGCGCUGAUGCACCGGGAGCGAGAGCAGCCUGACAGCACUCCCCGUGGAGACCUGAGCCAGGUGGAGAUCACCCGUGCCUACAUGGCCAAGCAGGCAGAUGAGAUUUCCCUGCAGCAGGCUGAUGUGGUGCUGGUGCUGGGCGAGGAGGAUGGUGAGUGGGGUCUGUGCUGGGGUGGGGCACGGCCUCAGAGGAUCUUCCACAGCAUCACAGGGAGUGAGCUCUGUGCCCACAGCCUACAAUAUUGGGCCUGGAAGCUGACGGAGCCCCUGCAGCCUCCUGCUGUGGGUGCUUCCUAGGUAUGCUCACAUCCCAUUCUCCUCCCAGGCUGGUGCUGGGGUGAGCGGCUGCGGGACGGGGAGCGGGGCUGGUUCCCCCAGGCCUGUGCUCGACCCAUCACCAGCCGUGUGGCCGUGGAGUG